AUGCCCAAGCGAGCAAACUGCACCCAGGGGUACCAACUCAUCAUGUACGACAUGGACUACAAGCACCUGAAGUCGCAUCCCAGAAAGCCCAGGACCGGUGACGAUGAAGUUGACGAGCUCAUUCUUUGCAUGAACGAGUGGCGUGAGGAGGUUGAAAUGGUUGCUUACCAGAAGCUUGGGAAGAAGUUUAUCGAGCUUUGGCGUGGUUGCAAGAAGCCGGUUCUUCUACUGCAGAAGGACUACGAUCUUGAGCCACGCAUCUAUGACUCCGUCUCGCAUACCGCGGCGUGGAUCUGGGAUACUAUCAACGGCCACUUCCCCAGCAAGGAGGCCUUCCUCGCCGAAUUGGAGGAUGAGUGGGAGUUGGUGCUCCAAGGCACGUACGACGUCGAUAGCGCAGACGAGGAGAAUUUCUCCAGUACCGCCGAGGGCUCGGAGCGUGGAGCCAAAGAUGAUUACGAGAGCGGGCAGGAGUAUGACGACGACGAUGAGGACUCGCUGACACUGACUGAGAGUCACGAGUCUGACGAGGACUAUGUCGAUGAGUCGGAGGAGUCGGAGGAGUCGGAGGAGUUGGAGGACUAA